AUGGCAUCUACAUCCAGCAGCCAGGAGAGGAAUGAGUUUUUCCAAAAACUCAAGCCAUGCUGCGUCAAGAUCAGCCAGUUGGCCAUACGGGAGGCCGACAAUCCAGCUUCCGCUCGCGAGUUGACCGAGCUCACAGGGCGAGUGCUGGAAAUUCUGAAUGAGCAAAUCCAGCGAAAUCCGUUGGCGCUGGACGAAAAACUCUCUGAAUAUGUCUUCUUCCCGCUCUACCACAUCUUCCGUCAGAUGGAUCAGUACCCCAUGCCCUUGAUCGAAAACUGCAUCAAGGCACUCGCUAUCUUGAUCACUCAUGGAUGGAAGACCAAGAUUUCUGCGGAGCUAGUGAAACAAAUAUUGAGUCUUCUGACCUUUAUACUGGAUGGAACACCUGGCUCUGCCCAAAAACGACCUGUGGCCGAGGAGACUGCGCUGGAGGCGUUCCGUGGGCUGACUGCUCUUUUCAUCACAGCUGGCACGUCCAUCGCGGCGGCAUCGGGACUUUCGGAAGCAGAAACGAUACCUGUGCUCGGCCACGGUGUCACAGUCAUGUUAGAUGGGGUUGUCAGCGGCGCAACACCCCAGAUACAACAAGAGGCGUUGCGAGCCCUGCAAGCCGUGUACCACACCAUCAAAGAGCCUGCCGCGCUGGCUAGUUUCCUCCCGGGCACUGUCUCUUCGCUGGCAAAGGUUGCAUCCUCUCCGAACCGAUACAAGGGGAACGUUCUUGCAAAGUGUCUCGAGACCGUGAGUCUGGUGUUGACAACCGUUCUGGCUGAUCUUAGAACGCGGUCAAUACUGGCCAAGUCCGAGGCCGAACAAGAGGAUGAAGAUCAUGACAACAAAAUCCUCUCUCCUUCAUGGCUCAAGGCGUCCGCCAUCCAAGUCAAGAAAGCGCUCUCUACGAUGAUGAGGCUACGAACCCAUGAUUCCGCCGAGGUCAGGUCCGCUCUCAACAAACUUUGUGUCGUCAUCUUGGAUGAAUGCCACAAGACCUUGGAAAACUGCGCGAAUAUAUUGAUCGAAACGGCAAUCGUUCUUGGAGAGACAGAGGAAAAGACAUCCCUGACGCAAACCAGCCUGCAGGAUCUCGUCAGCAUCUACCCAGAACUUGGCGAGAUCGUCAAGACUACAGCCUACAACUGGAUGUCUAGUCUGUCGCGUUUGAUGCAAGGAGCAGACGAACAAGCGAAACGAGACGCGAUACGUAACGUUUUGAAGGCACUCGAGCUACUCAAAAGCCUACACAUACAGUCGUCGACUCUCGAGGAUUCAAUGUCGACCAUGCUUCGGGACAGCGUUGUUUCACUUGUUCAGGCAUCGAAGCUUCAGUCAACAAACGAAAUCGCCGAUGUGAAACUGAUUGCUGGGGGAGAUUCAAGCGAGUUCAGGGACGCGCAAUAUCAGCCGAUUCUUCUACCUUCCGAGAGCCAGAAAGAUAUUCGAGGUGAGAUGGCGUCGCUUAUUUCUUUCCUUGGCUCGUCUUCCCAGAAAGUGAGGCUUGCAAGCAGUAUGCUGGAGCAGGCACACGAGUCUGGAAACCCAGUUGGGCAAGUUUCUGCCUUUUGGCUUUGCUUCCAACUAGUCAAGGCCAGCCAUAGGGCUUCGGCAGAGGAAGAUAUGUUCUUGAAUCUGUCAUCUCUGAGCGACCCGGCUGGGGAUGUGGAGGGCGUCUUCAACGAGUUGUAUACGACGGCAGUACAAAUUCUCGACCGCCACACGGAGGUAGAGCCUGUUGACUGGCGACUGGAAGCCCUUGCCUUGGAGGUUACUGCCUACACAGCUCAGAGGUCAGGAGAAUCAUUUCGACCAGAACUGAUCGAUGUGUUGUUUCCAAUCGCAACGUUCUUGGGAUCUAAUAGCCAAGGCCUGCAGAAACACGCUAUCGUCACGCUGAACACCAUAGCAGCCUCGUGUGGAUAUGCUAGUGUGUCGGAACUCAUCAUCAGCAACGUUGAUUACAUGGUCAACUCUGUCUCUCUGCGGCUGAACACUUUGGAUAUAUCGCCGGCAUCGAUCAAUGUCUUGACCAUGAUGAUCCGAUUAGCAGGCCCUCGACUAGUCCCUUACCUUGACGACGUCAUUGACUCCAUUUUCGGUGCCUUGGACAACUACCACGGCUACCCGGUGUUUGUGGAAAACCUCUUUAGUGUGCUUAAAGAAGUGGUGGAUCAAGGUGUUCGUUCGGACAUGCUCUUGUUGGAACACCAGACGAGCUCGAAGCCAGAUCACCGAAAGAAAGCACAGAAGACGGAUGAAAUCUCUUCUCUCUUGGAUACCUUGGCAAAGAGAAAAGAGAGAAUCUCUCGCGACAAGACCGAGACAGAUCAAGUGCGCGGCCACCCGACGAUACCCUGGAAGAAGGAGGACAAGAAGGAAGACGACGAAGAUGGGGCAAAUCCUCCAGCCGAGGAAGAAAAACCUCCAAACUCUCAAACGUACCAGUUGCUGCUGAGAGUGGCAAACCUAACCCAACACUAUCUGACAUCCCCGACGCCAACGCUACGGAGGUCACUGCUAGAGCUGCUGACAACGGCAUCUACAGCUCUGGCUCCCGAUGAGGACGCAUUCUUGCCACUGGUCAACUCGAUCUGGCCGGUGGUAAUUGACAGGCUGCAUGAUCCUGAAGCUUAUAUCGUGGUCGAGGCGUGCCACGCGCUGGCUGGGCUCUGCGCGGCAGCAGGAGACUUCCUCAGCUCUCGGUUCAAGACGGACUGGGCGGAUUGGCUUCGGGGGUGGUGUCGCAAUGCUAAGCUUGAAGCUUCCGGGCGACCGGGGCAGACCAAACCCCGUGGGGAAGUUAGGAUUACGCGGGGACGAGAGAGCGACGAUAGCCGAAUUGUGAUGCCCCUGAGGAGCGGAGGCGGCCUCGGUGGCAAUCCGCAGGCGGUGACACCGUACUCCGGUGCUGACCUGGGGAGAUUUGCAUCGCCGGCGCGAGUGUGGGGGGCCACGGUCGAGCUAUUGACAGCAAUAGUGUCGCACGUUCACGUGGACGAUGACAUGUUUGACGACAUUCUGGACCUACUGUCAGACGUUUUAGAGCGCAACGUUGGAGUGCGGGAGGCAUUGGAGGCUGUCAACGGGGACGCGGUGUGGCUGGUGCGAUACGAGCGAGGGAAUGUUGAGCCUCUACCGACACCCCAGAUGGAUGGUAUUGUAUUUGCUGCCAUGGAAAUAGCUCAGUAA